AUGUUGCAGACUUCAAAAGGUUCAAAUUCUUCAUCAACUUCAAGCUCAAGAUCUGCUAGCAUUUCUACAGCCACACCAAACACUAUAGUGGAAGAUGAAGAACUAUUAUGUGAUCCUAAAUCUGAAUUGACACCACCAGCAGUUGCAAACCCUUUGAGACCAGUAUCUAAAUCUAAUACUUCUGUGGAAGAUGAUUCAAAGCCGUCAUUCACCUAUGAUUUGGACGUGUUUAAUUUGUGUAAAGAAUACCUAAAUACCAGGAAUCAUCAUGGAUUAGCAUUGAUUGCCAGACAGAAGGGUAUCCCUCCAAUUUUGAGGUUCAAAGUGUGGCCAAUAUUGCUCAAGUCCCAUCCAUUUGUUAUCAGUCCUUUUAUUCAGCCAGAUAGUGAACUUUUAAAUGAAUCUACUUCAAGUAGAAGUAAUUCUUCUUCUUCUUCAACAGGAAGUAAUACCCCGCUACUGACUGCCCCUGGAAGCAUAAAAGAUGCGGCAAUAAUUGAUGGUGAUGCUAACGAUAAUGAUAACGAUAGCAAUAGCAAUAGCAAUGACGACGAUAAUGAUAGAGACGACAACGAUGCCAACACUAAAGAAAAGGAAGAGGACGAACGGAAUAAUAAAAUAAGAGAAAAGAUAAAGCGUGAUCUUGCCAAGUAUAUCCAGAGACUAAAGUAUUCACAAUCAAAAUACACAGUUAGUGAAACAGAACAUGAAAUACUAUCGAUUUUAGAAAAUGCAAUUAUGAAAUUCACUUUGAAAUGGGGGAAAAUCAUAAAAUAUGAUCUGUCUUUAACCUGGAUUGCCUUGAACUUGGCAGAAUGGUUCCCACCAAUACCGAAAACUCCAUGGGUUUUAGUCGGAAAAGAGUAUUCUAGUAGCCAUCAAUCAUUAAUUGUAAAUUUUUUGGACGAUUAUUCAAAUUACAUUGAUAAUAUACCUGAUUUGAGAGAAUACCUUGAAAGACUCAUCUACCACGAUGAAAAAAUAUCAACUAUUUCAUUUAGAGAAGUAUAUGAAAGAUUAGUGUUGGUAUUGUUGCAUUGUCCACAACCUGUUUCUCGAAGAAAAAAAUCGGAUAAUCAAGGACUGAAUCAAAGAAGAAAUCAAUCAGAGGUGCAAAAGGAUCAACAGUCCUUUAAAGUCAAUAAAACUACGUUGCCCAAAACAGGUGGUACUAUUGAAGAAAGAGUUUCGUAUUUUAUCUAUUGUCUUCGUAAAUUGAUCCCUGAAUUAUCCCAAUAUUUCCAUGAAGAACAGAUUUUGACAAAAUUUGGUUGUCUUGAUGAUGAGUGGUUAAUUUGGUGGUUGAAAUUUUGUGGAACAAAAGUAUGGUCAAAAUACGAUAGAGGCAGAAUUUGGGAUUUCAUGUUGGGUUGGAGGUUGAAAAACCCGAAAAGAGAUUUCAAUUACUAUUAUGAAAAACUAAAUUAUGUUAAUAGAAACACUUUAGAAAAAUUGGGUCCGGAUAUCUUUUGGUCUGUUGGUAAUGAAGAGGAAGACAUCAGUGGUGAUAACAAUGUUGAUGCCAACGCUAAUGAAAUAAAUAAUACUGAGAAAACUGAAACAGGGAAACUAGUUAAGCGUGAAGGAGAUAUAAAGAGAAGCUCAUUCAAGGAUUUGGUCAAUGAAUUGAGUAAUGAGUUACAUAUCUCAAAGAGGGUAUCCACUGAUGAGGUGGCGACAUCUACUUCUUCCCCGGCAACAACAAAAAUGGCAUCUUCAUCAUCUACGUCAUCAACUCUAACACCAAAUGUUUCAAUUCCAUUUUCCAGAGUUGAUCCUCAUGUUGCGUUAAUUUUCAUUUCGCUAUCGUUAUUGAAAUCGAAAGAAAAUAUAUUGGUUGAGCUUGAUCAACAUGAAAUCAGGCAAUUUUUAUCUCGAUUACCUUCAAAAUCAUAUAAAUAUAAUCAGAAAAGAAGCACUAGACAAAAAAGAACAAGCUAUGCAUCGAAUGCAUCAUCAACUUCUAACUCACCUAUGGGACAACUGCCUGUGGAUCGUGAUGAAGAUUCCAUUUUCCCCACGAGCAGAAUUGUUAUAUCAAAUGAUUCUAAAGAUCAAAAACAUAAAGUUAAUUUUAUUGAUAAUAUUAUUCUGGAAGCUGGUGAAUUAUGGAGAAAAUGGCUAUGGCUGGAAAUGGUUGAGGAUAAUUAG